GCGCAGGCGCGGAGCGAGAGGAAGAUGGCGGCCCCCCUGGACUUGGAGCUGAAGAAGGCCUUCACGGAGCUGCAGGCCAAGGUGAUCGACACGCAGCAGAAGGUGAAGCUCGCCGACAUCCAGAUCGAGCAGCUGAGCAAGACCAAGAAGCACGCGCACCUCACUGACACCGAGAUCAUGACGCUGGUGGACGAGACCCGCAUGUACGAGGGCGUGGGCAGGAUGUUUAUUCUUCAGUCUAAAGGAGUCAUUCAUAAUCAGCUUUUAGAAAAGCAGAGAAUAGCAGAAGAGAAAAUUAAGGAAUUAGAGGAUACCAUCUGUCUGGAGACAGGGCUGGAAGGCACAGCAACAGUUAAACUGAGAACCACAGCAGCCUGCUUGGAAAGGAUGGACAUGCAGAGAGAAAGCCAGCGGAGCUGCUCACGUUGCCUUCUAAGGAAACUUAUUCUGGGGAUGGUGGAACCGAAAGGCAUCCGGAGGAUGAGCUGGAAAGCCCACAGCUCCCUCCCUCAGCACUGAGACCUGCAAAGAGGAAGAAUGCAUACUUUGGCCUGUUUGCUCUUACAGGAGGCAGGCAGCAUUGCUGUGCCUACUGCUCUUAUUGCCCCAAGCACCACUGCCACUCAUCAACUUGGAGAACUCUGAUUUCCCUGUGCAUGCAAUUGGUGAAAUGCAGCGCUGAGCUCUGUUUGCCACCAGGAAGGCAGGCUGCUGCCAGAGCCUGGCUCCCACACCCAGCAUGGUGUAAGGGAUCAAUGGGGGAAACAAGUAAAAAGAUGAGAGCUGGGCAAAUGGCUAACAUCAAACAGUGCCUUCACAGCUAUGAGCAAAGGAUGUCAUUCGUACUUUUAAAGCACAUCAUCAAUUACUACACCGCACCUCUGAGAGUGAGAAGGAAGCACCUGCUGGUCAUCACCUGUUCCCAUGCACCAGCUGACACUGAAUUAAUGCUGUAAUUAAAAUACUGAUGGGGAAAUGGGAUAGGAGGGCUGCUCCAAAAGUAAUGCACCUCUACAGGUAGAAAUCAAUUUGUGUAGCUCCCAUCCCAAAAGCCAAGCCAGCCAUGAGCCCCUGUGAGACACAGAUGUUGUUCCACUGGAGACAGAAAUGCUGCCUUACCAUCCGAUUCUGACAGCGUGUAUAUGUGAGGACCUACAGAUAAAUACUAGAAGGAAAACAUCCAGAUCCAAAGUGCCUCGGCAGUUAUUAUUUCUACCUGUGGAUCAACCGAAGCUGGAUAAUUGACUGCUUCUCCAUAUCAGCACAGCAGAAGAGCCCACCCUGCGGUUUGCCCAUGCAGUACAAUACCUUUAAGCAUGAUCAUUGAGCAGAACAGGUUUCCUAGUUCUCAGUGUAAGUAAAUAAACCCUAGCGUAAGACUUGGAGUAGCUUAAACCAUAACAUUAAGAAAACUCAGGCAGGGGAGCAGAAUGUGCUCUCAGGUGGCAAAGCGAGCACACAGCAGCCCUCCAGAGACCUGCCUGGGAACACUGCUGGAGCUGAGCAGCCACAUCACACAAUGCCAGACCAGCCUGCAACCUCUUGAUUCAGUUACAGUGAGAGUUUUUGCCAUAAGAAGUUCAGCCGCCCAAAUAGAUUUACAGCAUCAGUAUAAUGGAUCUUUAAAAUUCAGCUUUUUUAGGGCUAUCAGUUUUAUAUUAAAUGCUGCUGGAGGCGGUCAUUAAGGGAAGCCCCACCAGGAGCUCUCUCAGAAGACUUCUAUGAAGCUGUCACCGAACACAGGUCUGCCCUGUGUUUGAUUGGCUGGGUGGGAAGGAGAACAACGGGGGAAGAAUGAAGGAAGAGGAGAAGCUUUGGCAGAGAAAAGAAAAAUUGAGUUAUAAUCUUGACUUCAUUUUACACAUUCAUAAAUGUUCUUUUAAAUAAGUAAAUGUAUUCCACUAAGAAAUUACCCUUCAUUUUAUUUUUUGCCUGCUCUGUGGAACACACAGAACCAUAAAGUGCUGAGAGUUACAACUGGGGCACAUGCAAUAAAGCCACACCUUGAUGAAGGCAGUGCCAGCAAGAAGCAAAGAUCAAGCAAAAAAUACAUCAGUGUCAGUACUGUGAUACACAGCAUGACUGCUUUGGUCCAGAAACCAAAGUGCACUGCUCCAGCACGUGGGGCUCCUGCAUGUUUUAGGGAAACAAAAAUAUGCUGAAGAGUCCACAUGCAUCCCACGUGCUAGAAAUACUUGGCUCCUAGUUACAAGUAAAAGGCUUAUUUUUAUUAAAAAAAAUCCCCAUUGACAUGAACUUAGUUUGUGGGGUUUAUAUUUAUUUUUAGAAGUGGUCAUAAAUAGGCAGAAGGCCCCAGUGAAGCUUCUCUCUCAUGUGUGUUCAACCUUAAAGACUUUUUCAGAAUCACUUCUUCAGGCAUGUUUACUGCUUCUGGAGCAACAAACUCAGGAGCUCCUCUGACCUUCACAAAUCUCCUGAUAAAUUCUGCCAUUGAGAUGCAGUCUGAACUGUGAGCUCCUCAGCUUAGAAGGUUCUUUAACCCAGCUCUGUGCACAUGCUUAUCUAUGCAUGAGGCAUAAAAGACCCCUCCUCCCCUUCCCCCAAUUACUCUUUUUUGUACAAUGUUGUCUGAAAAUUUCAUCCUCACUCUUGACAUCUCUUCUAAAAUUUGCUUUUGUUUUUCUUUGGUAACUCAGCAAAAUACUCACAGUGACCAUAGCAGUUCUGUCACUGUGAAGUCUGCCUGUUUGGCAUCUGGAUAUCACCCCUCAAGUACAAAAUGACAUGCUCCUUCUUUAUAAUAUGGGAGGUUAGCACAGUACAGGAGACAUAGGCAGCAUGUGUACAGGUGCUAAGCAUUGUAUGGGAAACUCUGGAUGCAAAACACACCUAGUCCUGUUUUUGUUUAAUGUUGGUUAUGAGUCAGCAGUAGGAAUUUAAUGGAGGAUAGCAACCUUAUACUUUUGCAGCUUGUUGUCAUUAAAGCCUUUUAAUUGCAA